AUGAACUUUAUCACGAAGAGGUGGUGGCGAGUUCGAGUGGUGGUGCUGUGCGAGGCGCGCGGUUCCGGGCGAGCGACGUCAGCGGCAGGUGGGCGUCAGGCACGAGGAGGCGUCUACGCCUCCUCAUCGUGGCGGCGCGGCGACCACCUUGAACAAGUAUGUGUGACAGAUGAUCAUGUGCCUGAGAAUUUUCGCAAUAGGAUUUUGAGAGUGGUGGCUGAUAGAGAAGCUCGAGAGCGGAGGGCCAAAAAUAGAAGGAUGGAAGUAGAUAAUGAUGAUGUGGCGGAUGACAUUGGACAUGCGGCCCUAUUCGAAGGAGAUGCGACUUCUUUUCACUUUGAUUGGCGCCCCAUGGACUCCUUUCAAGGUGAAAGAGAAAUGUUUCUUCCGGAAAGAACAGGGCCAACCACGCCGUCCGGAAGAGCGUAUGAGGCAUUCCGCCAAUAUUGGGACGAGACCAUCAUGUCUCAUAUAGCGACAGAAACAAACCGGUAUGCUGUAGAACUGGAUUGUAUCAAUGAUACUUUUGCACAAAAUUGA